CGCGCAGUGCGAACUGCAGCGUCCGCCGUCCCAGAGGACAGCCGGGAAGCGAGUCGGGUGGUGGAAUGCCUGCGGGUCUCCUCGCUGCUGCUGCCUCCACGCUGCAGGCGCUACCUGCACCUCUUGCUGCGAUUUGUCUUCAAGGCGUCCAAGAACGACCAGCUGCGGCUCUGCCCCGGGCGAGGGAACCUGGAAGUGUUGCUGGACGCCUUCGCCGGCGCGUUUGUGAGUGCGGCGGGUGAGCUGGCCCCCGAAAGUGCCCGGGAGCUGCUCCGUUUCCUGGUGCGCCACUGCGACCGCAUCAUGGCGCCCCCUGGGGAGCUCCGGCGCGAGGUCGAGGCCCGCCAGGCCAUCUUGCGUAGGGGCACGGGCGGUCUGGAAGAUCCGGCAGAGCGUGUCCCAGCGCCCGGCUUCUGCCAGCGGGUGUCGCGGGAGCAGUUUGAGGCCCAGAAGCGGGCCCUGUCGGAGCGGGCCCUCUUGGACCUGCUGGACGACAUCCUCCAAAACCCGAGGAUCUCGGACAGGGAGCGCAGCCUGCGGGUCAAGCAGUUCCAGCACAACUACCCGUCCAUCUACGGGAAGAAGAGCUGCGAGGUGACGGCGUUCAGGAGGAACAGCCGCUCUCGGGCGACAGUCAUGGGCCUCCUCAGGAGCUUCAGACUCUGACCCGGCGAGCCAGGAGCACUGGCGAGUCGGCAGCGCCGGCGAGCCGCCAGCAGUGGCCGCAGCACCACGGGCAACUGCGCCCCUCGUUUGGGUGCCAACUUUCGUGCGUCUUGGGACUUCCCGGAAGCGUCACUGCUUACUUACGUACCUUGGGCUUCCUUCCAUGCGCUUAAUGGCGGGAUCUUUCAGGAACCCACUGUCUGGUUCGGUGCUGAAGCGCCUCAUACAUUCUCGGCUUCUUGCGCUCUGUUUCGUCACUGCCCAGAUUGCUGCUUUGUUUGGCAGCGUUGCUCAAUUGUUUUACUCAGGAAUGUUUCUACAAAUGCGUGACUCUCUUGCACCUUCAGUGUCGCCACUGACGGGAGCCGCGCAUGUGUUCUCAAGAUGAUGGCGUUAUACAUGCCCAUCUUUACAGUACCUCCUUCCUCGCUACGUCUUCGGAAGGGGGGGCGGUGACUUUUCACGGCUUUCUCGCUAAGAUUGUGUUCCGACAUCCGACACACACUAGUCACGAGCACGUACAAACCACCCCAUAUUUACAAAUAUCCACCUGAAAGCAUUUGUGUAACCAGGAAAUUCCUCUUGCGGGACCACUUACCACGUUUGUUGUUGGUCAAGUUGGCAGAAAACACUGCAGGAAAUGCAGGCACAAGGUGGCGGACACAUGUGCAGUGCUGACUCGUGACUUCUUUUAUUUUACUUUUAUAAACACAAAAAUGAUUAAAGCACGAAAAGGAUCAAGGCAGGACGCCUCUGUUGUAUUUUUUGCUUGGCAGCACGCUUGUUUCCAGAGCUGGUUUCAGUGCAUAGUGCAAGUUCGUCUGCUUCUUUUGCAGGGGUUGUGGUGACGUCAGAAUGCCGCGCUCUGAUUGGUUCUGAAUGAAGGAUAGUGGGUAGACCUCAAGGCAGCUUGCUUUGAGGUCUACCCACUAUCCUUCAAUUGAAGCCAAUCAGAGCUCGGCAUCUUUCUGAUGCCACUGCAACUCCUGCGCAAGAAGCAGACGACUUGCUCUCCGGAUAGGACCAGCUUAAGACUAUGUGAAAAAAUGCACUGCCAAAGCUGGUGCAUGAGCGGAUUCGCUUGUGAAAUCGAGUCUCAAGCGAAGAGGUUACCUUUUCGUGUUUCUUCAUUUACUUGUAUGUUUAUAGAAGUAAAAGAAAAGCUACCAGUCAGCACUCUGUGUGUCCUCCUUGUCUAUGUUUUUUUUGCACUGUUUUCUAACCUUCCAACCAUUUUAUCCUGUAUUAACCAAAACUUAAUGCGUGUGCCAUGUUUUUUAAGUGUGAAAGCGAUCUGAAAAAGUUGCAAUAAAUAUGAGCUGCCUGUUCUGCAUUGAAACAGAAGGGGCUCUGCUUCAAGCAGUCCAAAUACUUUGAGGGAGAGCUAGAAAACUGUGGAUGACUCAAUCUCCAAGACACGCAUUCAAAAGCAGCGAAGUUAUGCAGGUGAGUUUUCGGCAAAGGAAAACGUCUGAAUUAAAGUGCCUUCGUCGGAAUAGUUGAUACAUACGAUUCCAUAGCUCAUUCAGAGGCAUUUUCCCUGUCUUCGGGAAACGGCCAAGCUAACCGCGCGUUUCCCUGCGCGGAAUGAGGAACCGUGUUGCGAGUCCGAGAAAGAAGACGAAGAACGAGGCGUUCCAGUUGCUUGCAUCGCAUUGUCCCACGAUGCGAGACGGGUCCCAAGGCAGGAGGCAUGGCGCUCGAUCGAGGCGGCGGUAGUCCCAAUGAAGAGACGCUCAACUCGGCCGCCUACUCGAGCGGCAUCUUCGCCACGUUCGCUUCCGCACGGGAGCGGAGAGCGCACCUGAUGCAGCAGUUUAACACGAGAAAAUUCUACCGGUCCUACACGCACCCUCCGAAGCCCCCGCUGGUGGCCUCCCUGGAAUCCAAUGGCAUCUCGGAGCAUGCGAUGCACAUGGCCAACUGGUCGGACAGCGAGGCAGUCCACCCCAGCUUCCCCAUCAACGUCUUUGCACUCAACUAUGGCGUCCUAGAGAGCACCAUCUACCGACUGCCCAAAAAGACCAGAGUCCGCUUCAUCCUGGGGCCCUCGCUCUAUGGCAAGAAGCCCACCCUGUACAUGAACGUGCCGCCGCAGCCCAACGUGGGCUUUGAGAGGAACAAAUACCACAAGGUGCCGUGGUCCCACGACGUCCACAACCCCGGCGACGAGACGGCCUACUUCGCCGACGUUGUCUUCAGCACAGCCGGCAGCUUCCACUACUACUUUGUCUGCGACGACGAUGCGACCCCUGGCAACGCGGGCUCCGGCUACUUCCUGGUGGACCCCGUGCUGAGGUACGGGGAUGGGGAGGAGCUUCCUCUGGACUGCAUCCAGUGCCAGACGGUGUUGUCCAAGUGUCUGGGACCCCUGGACUCGUGGCUGCCCAAGCUGCGGGUGGCCCAUGAAAGCGGCUACAACUUCGUCCACCUGAGCCCCAUCCAGGAGCUGGGCGCCUCGCGGUCGUCCUACUGCAUCCGCGACCACCGCAGGCUCAACCCCGACUUCAGCCACGGGGUCAGCGAGCGCUCCUUGAAGGAUGUGGCCAAGAUCGUGGACACCAUGUGCAGGGAGUGGAAGGUGCUGACUCUGACGGACGUGGUGCUGAACCACGUGGCCAACGAGACCCCCUGGAUCAGGGAGCACCCGGAGUGCACGUACAACCUGAAGAACUCGCCCCACAUGAAGCCCGCCUUUCUGCUAGACGUGGCGCUCCACUGCUUCACCCUGGAGAUCGCCGAGGGCAAGUGGGAGGCUGAGGGGGUGCCACCCACCAUCAGCAAGGAAGAGCACCUCGACGCGCUGCGGCGCAUCGUGAACCUGCACUGGCUGCCCCUGCUGCAACUGCACGAGUUCUACACCAUCAACGUGGACGCUCUAGUGGACGUCUUCCACCAGAAGGUGAUUGACCUGGGCGCUCCGACGUCGGCACCGCUGCCCGACAAGCCGCUGACAGUGGUGCAUCACCCGGAGUUCCUCAGGAACGGAUCCACGGUGGACAUGGACAUAGCACUGCGCAUCUUCAAUCGCAACUGGGAGCCCGACAGCCCCGACGCUCCGCACCAGAUUGGGCGCUGCUGCGGCGAGCUGCGUCGCUGCCUGGAGCAGCUGAACGGGACCCAGUGGGGGCUGUUGCACAGCCACCUGCAGGCGGCAGUGGAGAACGUGGUGAAGGGCUGCCGCUACCUCCGACUGCAGCACGACGGGCCCCGCAAGCAGGCCGUCUCCAGGGCCAACCCGCUCGUCGGAAGGUACUUCGUGGUGCUGACGGACGUGCCCGUGCUGAACCUGAAGGAGGCCGAGAAGCUCAUGUUCAGCGAGCGAGCGGCCUUCGUGAUGGCUCACAACGGCUGGGUGAUGAACGACGACCCCCUACGCAACUUUGCCGAGCCGGGCUCGAACGUGUACCUGCGGCGGGAGCUCAUCGCCUGGGGGGACAACGUGAAGCUGCGCUACGGCAGCUCGCCCGAGGAUUGCCCCUUCCUCUGGAACUACAUGAAGGAGUACGUGUGCGAGUCGGCACAGCUGUUCCACGGCCUGCGGCUGGACAACUGCCACAGCACUCCGUUGCCGCUGGCCGAGUACGUGCUCGACGCCGCUCGCAAGGUUCGGCCAGACCUGUACGUAAUUGCGGAGCUGUUCACGUCGCGCGAAGAGGUGGACAACCUGUUUGUCAACCGGCUGGGCAUCAACUCGCUCAUCCGCGAGGCCAUGAGCGCCCCGGACGCCCGGGAACUCGGGCGCCUGGUCUACCGGUUCGGCGGUGACCCCGUGGGGAGCUUCCUGGCGCCGCCCGUCCGGCCGCUGGCGCCGUGCGUGGCGCACGCCCUCUUCAUGGACAUGACGCACGACAACCCGUCGCCGUUCGAGAAGCGCUCGCCGUACGACGUGCUGCCCAGCGCCGCGGUGGUGGCCAUGGCGUGCUGCGGCACGGGCAGCAGCCGCGGCUACGACGAGAUGGUGCCCCACCACAUCCACGUGGUGGAGGAGGAGCGCGAGUUCCUGCCGUGGGGCCAGGCCGCCGCUGCCGUGCACCUCGAGUCCGGCAUCGUGGCAGCGAAGAGGGCUCUCAAUCAGCUGCACUUUGAGCUGGGAAAGCGGGGCUACCGGCACGUCUACGUAGACCAGGUAGAUGGCAGCAUCAUCUCUAUCACGCGCCACUGCCUGGAGACGCACCAGUCCGUGGUGCUGGUGGCGAGGACGGCGUUUCAGCGGCCCUCCAACCCCCUCGAGACCGGCUGCAUCCCGCCCCUCUGCAUCCCGGGCGUAGUCGACGAAAUCGUCUUCGAGGCGCACUGCGUUCGCGCAGCCGACGGGGCCCCCUUUGCCAAGCACGAGAAGUUUGUCAACGGGUCAGCGGAAUAUCAACUGGAGAUGCGCGAGCACAUCUCCCUCCACGAGUCCAAGAUGGUGGAGCUGAGCGAGGCCAGCGAGGCGCACAUCAACGAGCUGGACUUCUCCAACUUUCCCCCGGGAUCCGUCAUCGCAUUCAGGGUGUCCAUGCACGCAACGUCCAAGGCGGCAGUGCAACGCAUCCGUCACCACCUGGCUUCCUUCGGCUACGAUUACUUCGAAGAAACGGUUCAGGCGCCCCAGGCGCCCCGGGCGCCCCCGGAGGACAGCCUGCCAAACAUUGCCGCGGCCCUGACGCUCUCGGAUCUGAACCGGGUCCUGUUCCGAUCGGAUGCCGAGGAGCGGGCCGAGGGCAGAAACUGCGGGGCCUACUGCUUCCAGAGGUUCGGCACCCUGGUCUACUGCGGCCUGCAGGGGCUGAUGUCGGUGCUGUCCGAGGUGCGCUCCAAGAACGACCUGGGUCACCCGAUGUGCGACAACCUGCGGGCGGGCGACUGGCUCAUGGACUACAUCGUGGCACGGCUGGCACAGGAGAAGAGCACCCUCAAGCUCUCUCAGUGGUUCGAGAAGGUGUUUGCCUCGGUGCGGCUGGCGCCCCGCUACCUGAUCCCGUGCUACUUUGACGCCGCCGUGACCUCCGGCUACACGGUCCUUCUCGAAGAGAUCUGGCAGAAGAUGUCUGACUUUGUGAAGCACGGCUCCACCCUGGUGCGCGAGCUGGCCCUGGGCUCGGUGGUGCUGGCGGGCUUUGUGCCGGGCGCGCACCUGCCCCCGCUGUCCAAGCAGCUGGUCCCGCCCCUGCCCCCGCACCGGAUGCAGGGAGACCGCCGGGAGGAGGUCUGCACCACCCUGGCCGCCGGCCUGCCCCACUUUGCGGCCGGGUACAUGAGGAACUGGGGCCGGGACACCUUCAUCUCCCUCCGCGGACUCCUCCUGCUCACGGGGAGGCACCAGGAAGCCAGGUUUCUGCUGCUGGCGUUUGGGGGCUGCCUGCGACACGGCCUGAUCCCCAACCUGCUGGACAAGGGCACGCACGCACGCUACAACUGCCGGGACGCGGUGUGGUGGUGGCUGCAAAGCGUCCAGGACUACUGCAAGGAAGUCCCCCAGGGCUACCUGCUGCUGAAGGACCGGGUGGCGCGCCUCUACCCGACCGACGACAGCCCACCCCAGGAGCCCGGCGCCAAGGAUAUGCCGCUGGAAGAAGUGAUUCAGGAGGCGAUCCAGCGGCACUUCGAGGGCAUCUCGUUCCGGGAGCGCAAUGCAGGGUACCAGAUUGACUCGCAGAUGACCCACGAAGGCUUCAACGUGGAGGCCGGCGUCGACCUGCGGACGGGCUUUGUGCGCGGCGGGAACGCCCACAACUGCGGCACUUGGAUGGACAAAAUGGGCAGCUCGGAGAAGGCUGGUAACAAGGGCCACCCGGCCACGCCCAGGAAUGGAUCUGCAGUGGAGCUUGUGGGCCUGUGCAAGUCCACCCUGCGCUGGCUGGACCAGAUGUACAAGGAGGGCUUCUACCCUUACAACGCCGUGGAGAAGACUGAGCACGGUGUGAAGACGGUGAUGACCUUUGACCAGUGGGGGUCGCUGAUCAAAAAGCACUUCGAGGGCUGCUUCUGGGUGCCCCCCGCGAACGAGCCCACCUCCCCGGACGACCUGCAUCCGCACCUGACCAACCGGCGCUGCAUCUACAAGGACUGCUACGGGGCCGCACCCCCUUGGUCUGACUACCAGCUGCGCCCAAACUUCCCCAUUGCCAUGGUGCUGGCCCCCGAGCUGUUCACGGUGCAAAGGGCCUGGGAGGCACUGAAGGUGGUGCGGGAGGUGCUCGUUGGACCCUUCGGCAUGAAGACGCUGGACCCCAGUGAUCUGAACUACAACGGCUACUACAGCAACAGCAACGACUCAAAUGACUACAAGGUGGCACAUGGAUUCAACUAUCACCAGGGUCCUGAGUGGCUGUGGCCCAUGGGCUACUACCUGCGGGCGCGGCUGUACUUUGCCCACAAGGUGGCCAACAGCGAGGCAGCCUUGCAGGAGGUGCAGGCUGAGAUCAGGGAGGUGUUGGCCAACAAUGGCCAGCUCAUCCAGGCGUCCCCCUGGAGGGGCCUACCAGAACUGACCAACCGCAACGGCGACCCUUGCCUGGACUCGUGCCCCAUUCAGGCCUGGAGCCACGCCUGCCUACUGGAGGUCCUCUACGACAUGCAGAAGAUCUAGGACCACAGGAAGUCUUGAGGCCCCCCCAAGGCCCCAGGGUUUUUCAGACUUCUCGGACUUCCGAGACUGAACUGUGCCUGUGGGAGCUCUAGGGCUUUCGAGGUAUCUCGAGUGGAAGGGAUCUUCAAAACCUUUGGACUUCUGGGCACUUUGGGUCUUUGACAUGUUUAGUUCCUCUAGUCACUUUAUGGCCCCUACAUUAUCUAGGGGUUUUAUGGAUGGGCUUCAAGAGCUCAAGGAGUUGUAAAAGCUUUAUCAGACCGAGGGUCGUAAGGUGUCCUUGAACCUCUGGGCCCUCUGGGCCUUUAGGAUCCGUGGAGAGCUCUGAAAACUUUGGGAACUCCCGAGAGCUCGGAGAUCUCUAGCAACCGCUGGACUCCUUCGUUUCGUUUCGUUUUUGCCACAGUUGACCGAAAGUUGUCCAACGGAGUCUUCGAACCUCCAUACCACCUGGGCUUGUUUACAGCCCUUGCCAGAGGUGCCGGAGGAAUGCUGCUUCUUGAGGAUGGUUCGCUAAAUUGUUCCGCUUUUUCCCAUGUGGCUGGCAAGGAGCUCUAGGCAAGGAUGCCCACAAGGAUGCCCUUUUGAAAAAAGUUUAGCCACCUAAACCGCUGUGGUCAGUCUGUGUUUUGAACUAUUUUGUAGAAAAUGGGUGUUUAUUCUAAACUAGGCAACCUGUUCAGAGCGAGCCUCGGAGUAAAGCUAACAUAAUUUUAAGUUUUAGGACCUUGGUGUUUUUUUUUUAUUCGCUUUAGCAUGGGUUCCUAAAGCUUGGAGCAUGUUAUGAUGCCGAUAUAGGAUAUUCACAAAUGCGAUACUGAUAGCCCGCUGGCAGUUCAUGAGCAUAAAUAUAAAGCAUCAUUGGGGUCACUAGUUGUACUGCCUGCCAAGCUAUGCAGCUUCUUCAUGAAGUUGUUAAAAUUGCACUUCUCGUAAAAGCCUUCAUACUUAUCGACUGCUGAAGGAUGCUUGUUUAAUUGAGGUCACAAAUGGUGGGCUGCAAGAUGGCAUGUGCUUUGGAAACCGGGAUGAAUACGAAACUGACAUGCAAAUGUUCAGGACAAAACACACACACACACAAACUAUGUACCUAAUCACAAUAUUUGGCAGUCUGGACACGAAUGUGUUUAAGGAGCCUUGAGCACACCAAUAAGUAAACCCCAUCCUUGGGAGUUGUGCUGUUCAUUGCCUCAGCACUUCCGGCAUCGAGCAUUUUACAAAUCUGAUGCGUGCAAUCUGAGCCAGUGCUACUCACAAUAAUUUCAACUUUUAUGGUACGUGUAUGACGUUAUCUAAUGUGCACUUGCACAUUCUUGUUUCUAAUGGAGACCCUCUCCUUUACAAUACUCAAAAAUAAAAUUGUGCCAUGUUGAGCUUUUGGAAAUUGAGAAGUGUGUCCAAUGGAAGUGCUAUAUUGCCAGUUUUCCUUCCAGACUAUCAAAAUGUCAGACGUUCCUUCUCUCGAAGUUGAUGUUUAAUAAAUAUAUUUAUUAUUUCUAAGAGGAUCCAUGACUUGUCCCAAGAGUUGUGUGCAGUGUUCUGGAAGGCAAGAGUGCACUUUCAGAAAACGCGACAUGUGUGCAGUAACCAGAGUGCAACGUGCCUUUGACAGCUCUGCAUACCACUUGAAAGAUGGAGUAUAGGUGGCAUAUGCAAGGUCUUUUGCAGUUAUUGAAAGCAAGGUACAAGUUUUUUUUGUUUUUUUUUAUGCAUGUACAUAAUGUGAUUGGUAUAUUUUGAACUUUGGGGAAUGCAAAUGUUCGUCAUGCGAUGGGCAGUAAAAAUGUUGCGCGUCGAUACGUGCAAGCCCGACUGACUUUGCUUCGGAUAUAUUGUAAGGUUUGCCCAUCAUAUAUGCUAGGCAAUAAAAUUUGGGUCUGGAA